CAAUCUUGAAAGUGAAUUUAGUAAAUCAUUUUAAAAAAUGUGUUUAGACCAUAAUAUAUAUUUUUGAAGUCGUUCCAUGUAUCAACUAUGCUAUAUGAGCUACGACAUGAGGUCAGAAACGAAGAUAGAAGUGUAGCAUUUGUGGGCACAAAUGAUGUCGAAAUGGUAUCUUUGCUGCGGGGUCAGUUUUGCCCACAGCUACGUUUUACCCCACUCUCCCAUAGAAGUUUGCCAAAAAUGUUCAGUUAUUAGAAAGCUUUGGAACUCCCGCAGCCCAUCAGUGACUCUCCUUGCCGUCGCCCCUCUGUGGCGCUCUCUGCUGCACAGAUCCAGCUCCCUCCUCCUCCUCUUCCUCCUCCUCCUCGCUGCGGCUGCCAUGGCUGCGGAGGCUUCCGGCCGCAAAGAUGCGACCAUCACCGGCCUAGCAUACUCCACCGAGAUGCUGGAGCAGCUGGUGACCGAGGGAAACAUGAAAAAAGACGUGGAAGCCUCUGUGCCUGCCGCACCGGACAGCUUUGCAAUCCGGUGCCGAGAUGUAUGCCGGUCUUACGGAAAGCUAAAGGUCCUGACCAACCUUAACCUGACCGUACCACAGGGACACAUUUAUGGCCUUUUGGGUCCCAGUGGAUGUGGAAAAACAACCCUUUUAAAAUGUAUUGUAGGAACACUGAAAAUAUCAAGAGGGCACAUCACUGUGUUAGGGAAGCCGCCUGCAUUUCCUGGACAUGAGGUCCCAGGGAAGAUGGUUGGAUACAUGCCACAGGAACUGGCGCUGUACAACGAGUUCACCAUCAGUGACACCUUGACUUUCUUUGGACGAAUCCAUGGCCUGACAUCGAAGGAAACCCAAGCGCGCAUGAACUUCCUCAUUGACUUCCUGCAUCUACCUCAGAAAAACAGCCUAGUCCGAAAUCUCAGCGGGGGUCAGAGGCGGAGGGUGUCUCUCGGAGCUGCCUUGCUGCAGAAUCCUGAGCUGCUCAUCCUGGAUGAACCGACGGUUGGAGUGGACCCCGUGCUUAGAGCCAAGAUCUGGCAACAUCUGGUGGAGAUUGUGAAGACGGGGAGAGUCUCUGUCAUCAUUACUACGCACUAUAUAGAGGAGGCCAGGCAAGCCAACGUGGUUGGUCUGAUGAGAAACGGCUAUUUACUGGCAGAAGGUCCUCCAGAUGCAGUCAUGAAGCAGCACAGUGCAACAACCCUGGAGCAUGCCUUCUUGCAGCUGUGCGAGUCGUCGGAUCAGAACUCCACACAGGAAUCCAACUCAGAGAGCGAAACUCUGGAGAAAAGCCAAACGUUCGCGAAUGGCCGGGACGAGAGUCAGCCAAUCCUCGCGGUUGGGCCUCCGCCUGUGGAAGACGUUCCUAAAUGUACAGCGGACUGGAAGACGCGGGGCAGACACAUCCUGCCGAAGGGGAGAAACAUCGGAGCCCUGGUCAUCAAAACAAUGGUGCGGAUGAAGAGAAUGCCAGGCUCGUUGUGUUUCCAGUUCCUGCUGCCGGUCAUCCAGAUCUCGCUCAUCUGUCUGUGCAUUGGUGGAGAUCCGAAGGGGAUCCAGGUUGCCGUGGUGAACAACGACACCUACCCCCCGUCCAGCUCGUUCAGCCAGUCGCUGCUCUCCUUCCUGGACAACUCCAGCGUGAUUCAGGUUCCCCUGCCCCACAACAAGGCGUUCGAAGGGGUCCAUAAAGGAGAGUACUGGGGGGUCAUCGGCUUUGGACAGAACUUCACCAAUUACUUGACUAAACGGAUUCUGCAGCGGCAGGUUUCCAAGGAAGUGAUCGACGGAGGAUCGGUGCACGUCUGGCUGGACCUGACCAAUCGACAGAUCGGCCUCAUGCUACAGAAGCAGCUGCACCAGGCGUUUCAGGCUUUUGUGGAUUAUAAAAUGGGCGCUUUGGCGUACCUGGCUGCUCUACCGAUAAAAUUUGAAGAGCCGAUCUACGGGAGCCUGGACAUGGAUUUUACCACCUAUGUGACUCCAGGAGCUGUCCUGAGCAUCUCCUUCUACCUGGCUGUGGGUCUGACGGCGCUCUCCUUCGUCCUGGAGAGGAAGGAGGGGCUUCUGGACAGGUGCUGGGUCGCAGGUGUCAGCUCCAUGGAGAUGAUGCUGGCUCACCUCUUCUCCCAGCUCUUCGUCAUCAGCGUUCAGAUCAUCCUGAUGCUGCUCUUCAUCCUGCUCGUCUUCAAGAUGCCGAACGAAGGCUCCCUGUUUCUGGUCAUAUGUCUGAUCGUGCUGCAGGGCAUCACGGGAAUCUCCUUCGGCCUCGUCAUCUCGGCGGCGAUCGACGACGAGCAGAGCGCCAACCAGGCCGCCCUGGGCAUCUUCUACCCUAACCUCAUCCUGAGCGGUAUCAUCUGGCCUGUGGAGUGCAUCCCGUAUCCUCUCUGCUACCUCAGCCUGGCUCUUCCUCAGACCUACGCGUCCGAAUCCCUUCGCUGCAUCAUGUACAGAGGCUGGGGGAUGUCCGAGAUGAUGGUGUGGCGAGGUUUUGCCGUCACCCUGGGCUGGAACACGUUCUUCCUGAUCCUGGCCACCGUCAUCCUAAAGCUGAGAUCGUGACAGCCUCCUUCCCCUCGGAAGACGCCGUCCUGAGCGGAGACGGAUCAGGAGCCGACAAAAACCCUCGGACCUCCCGUCUGUGGAGGAGGCAAAGCAGAAGAAAUAAAGAGGAAAAUGGGGAGAAGAGAGGGAGGGAUCUCCUUCCUACUGGUCGUCUCUCUGACACACA